GGGCUGUCGAAACUCGUCAAGCCCUUCCCGGUCAAAACGAGACCCAGCUUCAACAACACAUGCGGGCAACAUCUCGACUUUCCCUUCGCCGCGUCGAUGAACGAACAUCACCGCUCCGCGCCUGAUAUUUCGGUCUCGUUUCCAGGGAAGUCUCUAGGCGACUCUCCGUCGUGGAAGCACAUCUCUACGGUGAUAGAGAGCAAAAGCGAGGCCUGCAAAGACCCAUUGGUCAGGGACGGGCGGGCUCGUACUAAAGCGAUCCGGGCGCUUGCGAAGAACGCGCGCAACCUCAUGCUCACUCACGGACUCCUCGCCGCCUUCGUCAUCGGCAUCUACGGGAACACCGUCCGCCUCAUGCGUUUCGACCGCACGUGUGCGCUCGUCUCCGUGCCGUUCAACAUUAAGAAGGACGGUCCGAGGCUACUGCAAAAGUUCUUCUGGCACUUCACCCAUCCUCUCGUCGGAAACACUAUCGUUGGAGCCGACCCGACCGUGAUGAAGCUCAGCGGUGCAGAUCAGGACUGGGUGAAAAGCGAGCUACGCAGGGCGCGGGUUCUGCACUGGCAGGCGCACGUCGCCGAGAUAGCCGCAGGACGGCGCCUCGAGGUUUACGACGAGAAGACCGGCCGCUGCGUGCCAUACCUCCUCUACCAGGCGAUCAACGUCAACGGGCGGCUCUUCUCGAGGGCGACGAUGAUCUGGCGCGCUAUCGAGGACACUCGUAUCUGGAAGGACGGCCGACUGGUGCCAGAUCCCUCGCGAACCACUCCCGUCAAACCGCAGAUCAUGAAAGAAUAUUGGCGGCAGCUGGCCCGGAUAGCUGAAGCGAAGUUCUACGACCGGCUGAACGAACGGAUCGAGCCGGAAGAUCAGUACGGUCUCGCGACCAUGGUGUGUGGUGGGGACCUCGGCGAGUUCGCUCUGCGUCAGUGGAACGAUGCCAGGCGUCGUCAAGAGGGCGUAAAGCCAGAGCGAGAACCAGAGCCAUCCAAACCAGCACCACCCUCGUCUUUGCCCUCUCCACUAUCCAACAUCGCAUCCGCUGAAGGAUACGUUCCGGACGCAGACCUUCCGCUCCUACACCCACAACAUCAGACGUGCUCUUGGCGGCUCGCCUUCGGCAAGGACGAUUGGCAUCGGGAGCGCAGCCUCGUGCGUAUGGUCAUCGACGAUGUCGGAAGGCCGCUCACUGAGUUCAGGUCUACUUAUGAGCUCGUCUGUGCCCUACGAGACGCGAUUCGGGGUCACCAGCAAGCAUGGGAGAAGGCGCGCGUAAUGCAUCGCGAUGUCAGUGUCGGCAAUAUUAUGAUUGUAGAUCAGCCGCAGGAGAACAAGUACACCGGAUUUCUGCACGACUACGACUUCAGCGCGAUGGACCCCGACUUAUAUGAGAAAGACGAUGAUACACGGCCACCCUCAUCUCCGUCCUCAUGGUCCUCCGUAUCUCCGUCCUCUGGGUCAUCGGGAAGGAAACGUGCCAAACCCGCACCAGAACGCAUAGGCACAUACUAUUUCUUUGCUUGCGACCUCCUCGAUGACCCAGGUAUCACUCGCCGCACUCACCACGACCUCGAAUCGUUCUACUGGGUCCUGCUAUGGGUCGUCAGCCGGCACACGGACCACGAACACCCCCAUGGCAAUCAAUUGUGCCGAAGAAUUUUCUCAUACGGUAACGACAGUGAUAGUUCCAAUCUGAAGACUGCUUGGGUCUACAGAAGGGCGCGCAUGCUCAACAUCGUCCGGAACAAGCCGCUCUCACACCUCCUCGCGAGGUUCAACAGGCUCGUUCGCCACCACUUCUCGGCGGAGCGCGACUUGGUCACAGAGCCACUCGAUUAUGAGCCCGUGCUCAAGAUUUUCGACGAGGCUAUCGCCAUGACAGGGUGGCCCCAAAACGACUGGCGCCCCUACCGCCUAAUACCGUGCGCUGCCCGCCCCAAAGGCGAAGGGAUACCAGUGGCUGUGGCUAGCUGUCCCCUCCCUGGGGAAAGUUCGGCCACUGCACGUCAGCUAGCCGGGAAGGCCCUAAAGCUUCCUCCCCUCCCCGCUCGCUCGAAGCUCCCUGCUUCAAAUGCGUGUCCUGCUCCUCAUGAGGACCAUUCAUCCUCGAGGAAGCGAUCUUGCGCCGUCCUGGACGAAGAGGAGCUGGACUCGCACGGAGCCGCGGGGACGUCCGAGCGCCUCCUCGAGAAUCACCGCAAGCGGCUGAAGACGAAUAAAGGGACGGCGAGUCCUGUGGCGAUCGCACAUGUACAGUCGUAA